GAGCUUCUUGUUCCAACAUCCCAAAGGACCAAGAACACACUUCCACUCUUUCUCCUUUCCUUCAGCCUCAUUUCAGCCAAAACAUGUCUCACACCCCCCCAAAACAUUAUUAGGGAAGAUUUGGUUGCAUUCAAUGCCGAACUCAAAGCUCAAGUUGAGUAUUUGGCCAAACAAGUGGCUCAACUCACCAAGUUGAAAAUGAGCAUGGUCCACACUCCAGAGGAAAGUGAAGAUGAGCAAGAAGAAGGCGUCCAAUCAGGAGUUCCUUCUCCCACCAUAAGGAGAAACAACCAAGAGAAGUCUUCCUCUGAUUUCAAGGCUGAAAUCCCAACCUUUGAUGGCAAGGACGACCCCGAUGAUUUCAUCGAAUGGUUAGAAACGGUUGAACGCGCCUUUGACGAAGUUCCGGAAGACAAGAAGGUCAAGUUGAUAGCCUUGAAGUUUAGAGGCUAUGCUUCCACGUGGUGGGCUAACACUACCACCAAACGCAGAAGAGAAGGAAAACCCAUCGUGAGAACGUGGACAAAGAUGAUGGCCCUUUUGAGGAAGAAGUUUAUCCCUACUCACUAUGUGAGGGAGAACUUUGCUAGGCUUCAACACUUGAGGCAAGGCAACCGGUCCGUAGAGGAGUACAACCGAGAGUUCGAGGAACUCUUGAUGAGGUGUGACCUUCAAGAGAACGAUUCACAAACGUUUGUGAGGUACCUAUUUGGCCUAAACACCCAAAUAGCCAACACCGUGGAGCUGCAAACGUUCGAAAGUCUUGAAGAGCUAACUAAGUUAGCGUUGAAAGUGGAAGCCCAACUCAAGAAAGGUAAGGCCNGAAGAUGAGCGUGAAGAAAAGCCGAGUUUGAGGGCAAACUCUUUCGAAGAAGGGAAGGAUGAUAUAUAUCCGGGAGCAUGCCCGAAGACUCUCCGUAGCCCGCCAAGGGAUAGACGGAUCAGGGGAAUAAAGCCCAAGUGUGGUG